AUGUCAACUACUCAAGAAUUAAAGAAUGCAAUUGAAAGGUCAAAAAAAAUUGAAAUAAUGAGAGAAAAGAAAGAAUACCAAAGCAGAAAGAUGGAAAUUGAAGAAUUGGAUUUAGACUGCUUUAGAACUAUUUAUCAAAUAAUAGGUCAGAUAUUUAAUGAUAAAAGAGAUGAGUUAAUAGCUACAAAAAAAAAAUAUGAAGAACUUCAAAAUUGUUACACUCAAGUAGUUGAAAAAUUAAAUAAAACUAUUAAUAUUAUCAAUGCAAAUCCAAAUGCUUAUCCUGCUCUAAAAACAAACCAACAUCCUGACUUAGCUGUCCAACAAUACCAACAACAAAUUACCAAAAUUUCUUUAAGAAACAAAGAAAUGAUACAGAUAAUUAAGAAAAAUAAAGAAGAAUUCAUGAAUAAGGUACGUGAGUUACAUUUAAUUUAUUUUCAAGCUAUUGAAACACAAGAAGUAGUAUGGCACCCUAUCCAAAAAAGAAAGAGGAUAGAAAGUUUAUCUGAUCCUUUUAAAGUAAAUUCACGAGAAUUUUAUAAAGAAAGAGUGUAUUGUUUAAAAGAACGUUGUGAUGAGACUUAUAGAAAUUUACUACAACUUCAUGAAGAUUCAAAGCUUCAAUCAAAAUAUAGUCAACCACCUCCUUCACGUGCUGCUUUAGCUGUAAACAAAGAAAAUGUAACAAUGUCAUUAAAAGUAUCUCCUUUAAAAUCCUCAUCUGAGAUAACUAGUAUUCCUAAUAUUACUCCAAGUUGUGUAAAAACUAACUUAUAUAAAGAAGAUAAAGUCAAAGAACCUCAAACAAGUAUUUGGGGAUAUAUUCCUGUUCCAAAAGGAAAUUCAGGUGAGGCUGUUGAAGUAAUAACCAAAUCUUAUCAUUUCAAAGUUGGUGAUCAAAGUACAAGCGUUUUAUUACAUCCUUAUGGACCAUGGUCUAUUUAUAUGAAAGACGCAGAAAUGUAUUUAGGUUAUGAUUCAAUUUUAGGUAACGUUAUAUUAAGUAUAUGUGAAAUUAAAAAAGGAGCCCCAUAUCCACCAGAGUGUUUAGACUCUAAGGAUGGAGUAUUAUGUACAUUGAAAACAAAAAAAGGAGAGUAUAGGUCAAUGUUCGACAAGUUUUUAGUUAUGAAAGAAGGAAAGUAUAAUACGCAAUUUAUUUCAAGUUUAUUAGAGGCAUCAGCUUCUAAUGUAAAAUAUAAGUUAAUGGAUCCUUCAGGUAAAGCACCCUUAAUGUGGAGAUAUGACGAAAUAAAUGCACCAACUUGUUUUGAAGUUGGUGUUAGGUAUAUUAAUACUGACUCAAUUUGUAAUAUUGUUGACGACUGUAAAUAUCCAAAUUCAUUUGAUAAGUUUUUAUCAUGUUUUUCAUCAGCUAUGAAAGUUACUGAAGAAAGUAGUUUACAACAAAUAACAAGUCAAUUAAGUUGUACAAAUUAUUAUUUUUAUUGCCAAAAUGAUUGGUGUGAAAUUGCUUAUUAUGUAUCACCAUUAAUGGGAAAAGAAGAUAGAACUAUGGCACUUGAAAAUGCUAUUGUUACAUUAUUAUUUGUUGAAGGAAAUCAACCACUACAACUUGAUUCUCUUUCAACAAAUGAUAUUGUAAUUGUUGUUACUCAUGACAUAAAUGGAUAUCUUGUUCGUGUUGCUCAAAAAGGAAAUGACUGUUUUGUAGAAACACCACUUCCUCAACCUAAUUAUGUUAUUCCAGGUUAUCAAAUGAAAGGAUUUAUGACAACACUUAUUGUUGACUGUUAUAAAUGUUAUCGUAAUCGUACUCAAGCCAUGAGACAUUUCACUGAAAAAAGAGAUGAAGUAUUAACAAAGAUUAAAAAAUCAAAAUAA